CAAGCGCCAGUAGAGAGAGACAAGAGCGGGGGUUGUGGACGCGUGUUGCCCGCUGUCCGAGAGUCAUCGCGCGUCUUCCUCCAGACCGAGGCUGCCGGUGCUGCCGGGGCCUCCGGACGCUCACCGCCCUGCUGCCUCCAUCUGCCUGAAGGAGAAGAUGUUGUCCGGCUGUAACGUGACACACGGUCAGGUCAUGUGAGGUGGAACCAUGGAAGCCACAAAAUGCUGCCUGACUCUCAAGAACGACGGCCCGAAGAGGAAGUCCUCCAGAAUGAAAUGAAUUCAGCAGCUCUGACAUGGUGCACAACUGUGGAGUACAAUGGUGGAAGGGAGGCGGUGCAGCCGUUGAACUGCUGAGGCUGAAUGAGGAAAUAAAAAAAGUGCACGUAGUUCUGGAUCACGUUGCUGAGUAGGCGUGCUUGAUCUGUGCCUGUGACACAGGACUAAGUGAGUCAGACGACAGCGCUGCAUGGAGUGACCACGGACGCAGCUAUGUAAGAAGACGAUGCACCGGUCCAGACCGCCCACACUCUGCUGUGAUUGAUGCCACAUGUGGGCUCUCAGGGGAACGCGGUGGUUGCUCAGCAGGAGAGGAACCAGCAGAUGAUGUACACCUGAGCGCUCAGUCGGUGUGACGUCUACAAACAGAGUUUCCCUUUUUCUUGAUAGAAAGCAUUCAACGGACGCAGCGAGUGUCUGCCAUGCCUCGGAACCGAGCCUUCUCCGAACCAGAGUAUUCGGCGGAAUACUCGGCGGACUGUUCCGUGACUCUGCCGUCGGACCCCGGGCAGGCGGUGGGACGCACACAUGAGGUCACGGUGCGGAGCUCAGGAUGUUGCCUGUGUCUGCCGCGCUUCAUGCGCCUCACCUUCACACCCGAGUCUCUGGAGAACCUCUACCAGACCUACUUCAGGCGGCAGAGACACGAAACCCUGCUGGUGCUCGUCGUGUUCGCCGCCCUCUUCGACAGCUACAUCAUUGUCAUGUGUGCGGUGGUCUAUACCACUGACAAGCUGGCGUCUGUGCUGGUGGCGUCUGUGGGACUGACAGCAGAUGUCAUCCUCUACCUGCUGUGCCGCUUCGGCCUGCUGCCCGACCGCAUCUCCAGGCGGGUGGUGCCCUACGCCCUGUGGGUGCUCAUAGCCAUUCAGAUAUUUUGUUAUCUGGGUCUGAACUAUGCUCGCUUCCACCAGGCCAGUGACACGGUGGGCUGGCAGGCUUUCUUCAGCUUCUCCUUUUUCCUGACUUUGCCUUUGAGGCUGACGCCCAUCGUGCUCAUCACUACUGUGUCCUGCGGGGUCCACACUCUGGUUCUGGGUGUCACCAUUGCCCAGCAGCAGCAGGAGAACAUCCAGGGGGCAGCACUUGGCAGACAGCUACUGGCCAACAUUGUGAUCUAUGUGUGUGCCAUCACUGUGGGCGUCAUGUCGUACUACAUGGCUGACCGGAAGCAUCGGAAGGCUUUUCUGGAGGCGAGACAGUCACUGGAGGUCAAACUCAACCUGGAGGAGCAGAGUCAGCAACAGGAACGCCUGCUGCUCUCCAUCCUCCCAAAGCACAUAGCUGAUGAGAUGCUUCAGGACAUGAAGAAGGAGCCCAGUCAGAAAGAGAUGCAGCAGUUCAACACUAUGUACAUGUACAGACAUGAAAAUGUCAGUAUUCUGUUUGCAGACAUCGUGGGCUUCACGCAGCUGUCGUCGUCCUGCAGCGCUCAGGAGCUGGUCAAACUCCUCAACGAGCUCUUUGCACGCUUUGACAAACUGGCUGCAAAAUACCACCAGCUGAGGAUCAAGAUCCUGGGUGACUGCUACUACUGUAUCUGCGGGUUGCCAGACUACAGGGAGGACCACGCCGCGUCCUCCAUCAUGAUGGGCCUGGCCAUGGUGGAGGCCAUCUCGUAUGUGCGAGAGAAAACGCAGACCGACGUCGACAUGCGGGUGGGGGUGCACAGUGGCACGGUCCUGGGAGGAGUGCUGGGUCAGAAGCGAUGGCAGUAUGACGUCUGGUCCACAGAUGUCACUGUGGCCAACAAAAUGGAGGCUGGAGGGAUACCAGGUCGUGUCCACAUCUCACAGAGCACCAUGGAGUGUCUUCAUGGCGAGUUCGACGUGGAGCCAGGAAACGGCGGCGACCGCUGCGACUACUUGAGGGAGAGGGGCAUCGAAACCUACCUGGUGGUCGUUCCUAAAGGACCGGUGGGAAAGAGCGGCAUCAAUGGUGUUAAGCUGUCCGUAACCUCUUCCAAUGGCAACUCCCCACUGUUAAUCAACACCACAGAGUGUAAUGGCACUGCUAACACAGCCUGCACCACACCGGAGGAACCAGAAGAACUGGAUGCAAGGGUGGUGAACCCAUCUUUCCCUAACCCUCGGAGGAGGCUGCGGCUACGUGACCUGGCUGAGAGGGUGAUCGAUGCCCAGGAGAACGAGCAGGAACUCAACAAACUGCUCAACGAGGCUCUGCUGGAGAGAGAGACGGUCCAGGCUUUGAAGGGGAAACACACCAACCGGCUCUCGCUGAGGUUUGUUGAUCCAGACUUGGAGACUCGUUACUCCGUGGAGAAGGAGAAACAGAGCGGCGCUGCCUUCUCCUGCUCCUGUGUGGUCCUGCUCUUCACUGCAGUCAUGGAGGCGCUCAUCGACCCCCGGCUGAUUGCAAACUACAUCACGUUUGCUGUGGGAGAAAUCCUGCUGCUCAUCCUGACAAUCUGCUCCCUGGCUGCGAUCUUCCCCAGAGUAUUUCCCAAGAAGCUGGUGUCUUUCUCCACCUGGAUUGACCACACCCGUUGGGCUCGUAACACCUGGGCCAUGGCAGCCAUCUUUAUCCUCACCAUGGCUGACAUCAUGGACAUGCUGAGUUGUCUGCCUCAGGUCCCUGACUCGGGUGAUGCCACCAUGGCUCCCGCCUCCUCCUCAUCUUCUUCCUCCACUUGGUCUGGCCCUCAUGGUUGCCUGGACAACCCCAAAUAUUACAGCUACAUCGCCGUGCUGGCCCUGAUGGCCACCACCAUGCUGGUUCAGGUCAGUCACAUGGUCAAGCUCACGCUGAUGCUCCUCAUCACCGUGGCAACAGGCAUCGUGAACAUCUACAGCUGGAGGGACAUCUUCGACCGCUACGACAUAGCCCGCUUCCAGGACUACAGGUCGUACCUUGUGCCCUCCAAGUUCACUAUGACGAUUAUGAUCUUCAUUAUGAUGGUCAGCUUCUAUUAUUUCUCUCGACAUGUGGAGAAACUUGCUCGCACCCUGUUCCUGUGGAAGAUUGAGGUCCAUGAGCAAAAGGAGAAGGUUUAUGAGAUGAGGCGCUGGAAUGAAGCCCUGGUGACCAACAUGUUGCCCGAGCACGUGGCUCGUCAUUUCCUGGGAUCCAAGAAAAGGGACGAGGAGCUGUACAGUCAGUCGUACGACGAGAUCGGAGUCAUGUUCGCCUCCAUCCCCAACUUCUCUGACUUCUACACAGAGGAGAGCAUCAAUAACGGAGGGAUCGAAUGCCUGCGCUUCCUCAACGAGAUCAUCUCUGACUUUGACAGUCUGCUCGACGAACCGCAGUUUCGCUGCAUCACAAAAAUCAAGACCAUCGGCAGCACCUACAUGGCAGCGUCAGGCAUCACCCCAGAUGUCAGCAAUGGCUACACUUGCAUGAAGAAGGAGGAGCAGUCUGACAGAGACCGCUGGCAGCACCUGGCAGAUCUGGCAGACUUUGCUCUGGCCAUGAAGGUCACACUCAUGAACAUCAACUACCAGUCCUUCAACAACUUCAUGCUUCGCAUUGGUCUGAACAAGGGUGGAGUGUUAGCAGGAGUCAUCGGUGCCCGAAAGCCGCACUACGACAUCUGGGGCAACACUGUGAACGUGGCCAGUCGCAUGGAGUCCACAGGAGUCAUGGGAAACAUCCAGGUGGUGGAGGACUGCUACAACAUCCUGAAAGAGUACGGCUUUCGCUUUGUGAGGAGGGGGCCCAUCUUUGUGAAGGGAAAGGGAGAGCUGCUCACGUAUUUCCUGAAGGGAAGAGACAAACAGGGCUCGUUUAUCAACGGCUCCUCCGUCACUCUGCCACACCAGGUGGUGGACAGCUAAGGAUCACACUCGCAUACACACUCACCUCCCGUGUGAUGACUGUAGAGGGGAGGGGCCCCCGGAGGACGCGACCUGGCCUGAGCUGCUGUUUACAGUCCACAUCUCAGUACUACUGACAUCCACGUUCCACGCCACUCAUUACUGAACACACUCAUGGAAAGAUAGACAGCGUGUGUGCCAGCGGAGGUUUUGUUUGAAAAUGUGACAUAAGAUGACCGGAGCAGUGAAUGUGUAGAGGCACAAUAUUUAAUAAAUAUAAAUUAUAUAAAAAAAUAAUAAUAAUUAGACUAUAUGAAGUGACGAGUAG